AUGAAUAUUUCUGAUGAAUUAAAGUAAUUAAUGGAAACAGAGAAGAAUGAUCUAAUUCAAAUUUAAAAGGAACUUUAUCUUUUCCUAACUCAGACAUCUUGCGAAAUGGCUCCCAAUAAUAAAAACGAAAGGGAAGAAAUUAUAAAGGAUGUUUAAGUGGGAUAAUUUCAUCAAUAAUGUAAAUGAACCCUAGCGCAGAAUUGUUUGAAUCAUUUUUUAAGGGAGCCUGUCAACUUUAGAAAAUUUAUUCAUUUUAAAAUAGAAGAUAAUAUGAAGUUUAUUUUUAAAUAGAUAUAUUGUAAUGGGAGAUAAUUAGUUAUUUUUAAAAAGAAAGAUAAAAAAAUUUAGAAGAAGUACUUUUAGAAAUUCAGAAUCACAUCAAAAUCUUGUUUAAAAUACAAAUAAAUGGGUAAAUCAUUUUUGUGGAUUUAAUUGAUUUGAAAAAUCUUAAUUAAUAAUCCUCUUUUAACAAAACCAAAAUUAAAUUAUCUGGCUCGUCAUUACAAUAUUGA